AUGAAAAAUCUUCACGAACGUACAUCACGUCUUGCAGCAUUAGCUACCGUUAUCAAUUCUAUAAGAGUUAUCGCUUCCCAUGGCUCUCAAAAUACCUCGCCGGAGAAUGUGACGGUAACAUUGGGUGACAAAAACUCGACCUCAAGCAUUUGCGUAGAUUGCUUAUACUACGAUUAUGGAUACUUUUAUUUGCAUUUAAUUGUUUAUGUUAUAAUCUUUCUAAUAACUGCUUUUGGGCUUAUUGUUGUUUGCUGUGCGGAAAGUCCUGCUCUUUUAAAAAUUUAUUCUACACUAUUUUAUGUUGUUGUAAUAGGACAAAUUCUAUUUUAUAUAUUUUUGAUCAUUAUUACCGCUGCAUAUAAACAAAAAAUUAUUGAUUCUUGUAAGAAUAAUGAUAAUACUAGAGAAAAUGAUUGUAAUACUGCAUAUAAUAUUGCUGCGAUAACAAACCUUGUGGGUUAUGGAAUAUCAGCCAUUAUCUCGAUUCAUUUUGCCUCAGUUAUUCGUGAAUAUUCUAUAAGACGUAAAGCUGAAGAGGAUAAUCCUGAUAUUUCUAAAUAG